GGUUCAGGCUAUCGUAUGGAAGGAUGAAGGACUGGUAGAAAGGAACAACGCUGGAAAAUUGGAAUGCGCCACUGGUAGUGCCAUAUCCCUGCAGCUUCAACGACUUCCUCCCAAACUGAUACUCUUCAUCAAGAGAUGA